AUGAAACUGCUAAUCUCUACCCUCAUCCUUAUCACCAUAAUUUGUUCAUUCAACAACCACGAAAUUUGUGCUCAAGAAGCACUAGCUAGCAUUUGUUACGGCAAUUGGACCGACAAUUUGUCCACAUAUCAAAACUACUCAAACAAUGUCUAUUCACUUAUCUCCUUGCUUGCAUCAAAAUCAUCUUCGUCGUCGCCAGGGUUCCUCUACAACACCUCGGUGGGUGAAGUUGCUCCUAGGGCUUAUGGUUCUUAUCUCUGUCGAGGUGAUCUAGAGCCUCGGCUUUGUCAAAGAUGCGUCUCAGACUACGAAGACGGGAGAUGGCUCGAUAGUGACUCAAUUGGCGAGGAAGUUGAAGACUACCAUCACUACAACGAGACUUUGUCGAUGACAAUCCAAAAACUUAUUAUAGAAGCCGCGUUUGGCAAUUGGACUAAACGUAAUUUCGAGACAAAAAUAGCUAAGAAUGUAUAUGUUCUUGUUCAAUGCACCGGGGAGUUGUACUCGCGUAUUCCAGAUUGUUGCAAUGGUACUCAAGGUGGAUAUGUUGCCUAUGAUUGGAAGUUUAGAGUUUCAGAGAGUGCGUUUCUAAUAGCUUGA